UAUUAUUAAUUUCACUCGUUGAAUGUUUGGAUGUACUUAAUAGAAUAACAUGUAUCUAUUUAUCUACAAUGUACUGUAAUAGAUAGUAUAGCAAGACUAGAGUUUAGGAUGGAAAUCUUUUCUUUGGGAUUUGACGAAAAAGAUAGUGUUUCUGGUAUUCAACAACUUAAAUCAUCAGUUCAAAAAAGUAUUAGACUAAAAUUACUUGAACAAUAUCCUUAUCUUGAGAGUCAUAUUGACCAAAUAAUUCCUAAAAAGGACUCUUUUCGACUUGUUAAGUGUCAUGAUCACAUUGAAAUAAUGGUCAACAACGCUGGUGAACUUUUAUUCUUUCGUCAACGAGAAGGAUUAUGGUUACCAACUCUAAAAUUACUUCAUAAAUAUCCAUUUUUUCUACCAAUAGAACAAGUAGAUAAAGGAGCAAUAAGGUUUGUCCUUAGUGGAGCUAAUAUAAUGUGUCCUGGAUUAACUUCCAAAGGCGCAAAAAUGUCUCCUGUACCAAAAGGUACAGUGGUGGCUGUGAUGGCAGAAGGAAAACAGCAUGCCCUAGCAAUUGGUGUAACGACAUUAUCAACAGAAGAAAUAUUAAAAGUUAACAAAGGUGUAGGUAUAGAAAAUUACCACUAUUUAAAUGAUGGCUUAUGGCAAAUGAAGCCUAUAAAAUGAUUGAUUUUCUUUUAAAAUAUUAAUCACAGUCAUCGACUUGGUUUUGAAGUGUCAUAAUUAAUUGUUUAUGUUUUUUAUAUUAAUAAAAUACUAUAAUAAAAUUUAAA